AUGCCGCUGUGGAGACGAACAAAUGUUGGCGAUGAGGAGUGCAACCGGGCCAUGCUAGUCUCAGAGUCAAACUUUGGCCAUGGGGUACCACUGGGCCAGAGGCCGGGGGCAGAGAAAGACACCCAGAGACUCCACCGUGCCCUGCCAGACUGGGCUACAGUGUGGACAUACACAUGGACCUUAACGGUCAGGAGAUUUACACGCUCUUCAAGACAAGUAACACGCAUCUUAUACACACACCCCUGCUACAAAUCAGCUCCAAAACAAUAAUUAAUACUUUAUAACCUGGUUUUAUCAAUGUUAUCAAACUUAUCAGAGUUGCUACAUAAUGUUAUCAAUUAUGGGAUGGUCACGGAGUCAACUGCAGCCCAGCAAACAAAACUAUUGAAAACGUAUACACACACACACACACACACACAUACAAACACACUUAUCAUGUUCUCUUAUCCAAAAAGUCAUAAAAGUCUAUGAAGAUCUCAGGUUCUGAGAGAAAUUGUCAACUUUUCGUCUCCUGAAAACAGCCCAACCCUAAAGAUCCUUCAAAGUCAACUCUGAUUGAUCUUAUUUUAAUGCAUACACCAGAGAAAUAUGUUUCUACUGGUGUCUUCGCCCAAGAUAUUAGUGACCAUUGCCCAGUUGUUUGUUUUAGAGAUGUGAGAAUACAAAAAUCUAAGGCUUGUGUCAUCACAAAGAGGAACUUAAAAAACUUCAGUGAAAAGGCUUUUUUACACAAUCUUUAUUUUAGUGAGCUUGAUUGUAUUUCAGCUAUCCCUGAACCUGAUUUAGUUUUGAGCCUCUUUGCAGAUGUCUUCAAUACUAUUGUGGAGAAUCAUGCUCUCUUAAAAAAAUGAAGGGUUAAAGGUAGAUCGAAUUUCUGGUACACUCCGGAAUUAUCAGAAGUCAUUCAUAAAAGAGAUGAGGCUUGGGUCAAGGCCAGGAACACAGGCUUAGGCCCGGACUGGCAAGCUUUUAAGCAACUGAGGAAUCAUUGUGUAAAAAAAAUCUGAAAGGCUAAAUCUGAUUAUUAUGUAACUGCUCUUUCAGAUUGUAAUGGGAACCCGGCUAAAUUCAGGAAAACUGUCAAAUCCCUAAAUAGUUCUACUUCCCCCUCUCUGCCACAACAAAUUAAUUCAGACUCUGGCCUCAUUACGAAAAGAAAUGCAUAAUUGAUGCAUUUAAUCACCAUUUUAUUUGGGCAAUCUCUUUUAAAUAACGUCUAAGCCUAUUCACAAUAUUGGGCUGAAUGCUGAUAUCCAAUGCUUUUCUUUUAGGCUAUUUACAGAAAAAUUACUCCUGGAUGCUUUUCUAGCAAUAUACAACAAUACAUCUAUAGGAGCUGACCAAUUGGAUCCUGGUCUGCUUAAGUGUGCAGUGCCCAUCAUUGUUGACUAAAAAAAACACAUAUUUAAUUUAACAUUGUUAUCAGGAAAUAUUCCAAAAGUAUGGAAAUCAGCUCUUGUGCUGCCACUCAAUAAGGGCGGGGAUAGUAGUGAUCUUAAUAAUUAUCGCCCCAUUUCAAAGCUUCCUUGUCUAGCUAAGAUUCUCGAAUCCUUGGUAAAUGUACAACUUUGCUCUUUUUUUUAAAUCUGAGAAAUGUAUUUUGAAUGCAAACCAAUCAGGGUUUAGGGCUGGCAUAGCACUGUUACAGCAACCACUUUAGUUGUUUAUGAUCUUGUCAAAGCUUUUGAUACUGUUGGUCAUGCUAUUUUAUUGACUAAGUUGUCCUCGAUAGGCCUGAGCUCUGAUGCCUGUUCAUGGUUUCAUGAUUAUCCUAGUGACAGAACUGCAUUGAUGCGGUUAAGUCUGAAUUUCUUGAAGUGCAUAAAGGUGUACCACAGGGGUCGAUUUUGGGACCUGUUCUCUUCACUAUUUAUAUAAACAUCAUUGGUCAAUCUGUUAAAAAUUGUAAAUGUUAUCUAUAUGCAGAUUAUACUAUUAUGUAUGCUAUUGCCCCGACUGUUGAUCUGGCUGUGUCAAAACUACAGUCAGAUUUUAUAGCUAUGCAGGAAUCCCUUGCUGAUUUAAAACUUUUGCUUAAUACGGGCAAGACUAAAUGUUGUUUUUAAAUUCUCGUAAGAAUGUUUCAGAUGAAUUACAUGUUCACUCAUUAGAUGGUUCUCUGAUUGAAAGUGUUCCCGCAUAUAAAUACUUAGGCAUUUGGAUUUAUAUGGAUUUGACGUUUAAAAAAACAUAUAGAUGAGCUGGUUAAGAAGCUAAGAUUUAAAGUUGGCUUUUUCUACAGAAACUGAUCAUGCCUUUCUCCCUUUUUAUCGGUUCUUGACUAUGGUGAUAUUAUUUAUCAAAGUGCAGCUGCUACUACUGCUUCUAAACCUUUGGAUGCCAUCUACCAUAGUGCCCUUCGUUUUGUUACAGGCAACAGUUUUGAUACCCAUCACUGUAUCCUGUAUCAAAAGGUUGGCUUGACUUCGCUAAAGACCUGUAGAUCUCUACAUGACUCCCUUUUUGUUUACAAGGCCCUACUUCAUAAACUUCCGUCUUAUCUAACUUUGCUGUUGAAAUAUAGACACCUGAGUUGCCUAACCCGUUCACAGGAUUGGUUAACUCUUGAGGUUCCUAGGGUCUCCACCAAGCUAGGUAAAUCUGCUUUUAGUUUUAAUGCACCGUAUUGCUGGAACAAAAUUCUAAAUACAUUCAAUCUUGAUGUUCUGGUGCCGUUCCGGUAAUUUAAAGUAUUGAUUGGGGACUUAUUUGUGGAGGAAUGUAACUGUCUUUCUGGGUGAUUUGUGAUGUUUAUUUGUGCUUACCAUGACUGUGUUUUUGUAUUUUAAUGUGUAUAUACAUAUACUGAACAAAAAUAUAAAUGCAACAUAAAAUCAUUUCAAUGAUUUUACUAAGUAGCCAUUUUCUUAACUGUUUAGCAGUCUAACGGCUUGGGGGUAGAAGCUGUUAAGGAGUCUUUUGGACCUAGACUUGGAGCUCCGGUACUGCUUGCCUUGAGGUAGCAGAGAGAACAGUCUAUGACUAGGGUGGCUGGAGUCAGACAUUUUUGAGGGCCUUCCUCUGACACCGCCUGGUAUUGAGGUCCUGGAUGGCAGGAAGCUUGGCCCCAAUGAUGUAGCUUGUCUGGUAGGCUUGCGUCACUGGUCAGCUUGUGGCUGGGUUUCCCUUUGUAAUCCGUAAUAGUUUGCAAGCCCUGCCACUUCCGAAGAGAGUCAGAGCCGGUGUAGUAGGAUUCAAUCUUAGUCCUGUAUUGACGCUUUGCCUGUUUGAUGGUUCGUCGGAGGACAGAGCAGGAUUUCUUAUCAGCGUCCGGAUUAGUGUCCCGCUCCUUGAAAGUGGCAGUUCUAGCCUUUAGCUCAGUGCGGAUGUUGCUUGUAAUCCAUGGCUUCUGGUUGGGAUAUGUACUGUACAUAUGGUCAUAUGGUGGGGACGACAUCAUCAAUGCACUUAUUGAUGAAGCCGGUGACUGACGUGGUAUACUCCUCAAAGCCAUUGGAUGAAUCCCAGAACAUAUUCUAGCAAAACAGUCCUAUAUUGUGUAUAAUGUGUAUUUUUAUAUUGUGUUAUACAGGGCAUAUUUGGAAAAGAGACGUAGGUCUCAGUAUGUCUUCCCCGUCAAAAUAAAGGUUAAACAAAUAUUGGGGAGGGGGAGGCAGAGGAAAGAUACGGUCAGUCAUUGAUAUUUACAAUAAAACCACUGGAGAUGUGAAAUAUGUAAAGCGUGCACACAGGAUGAAACUAUGACACACACAUACACACACAGAGAGAGAGAGACAUAAUGUCCUAGUGAUGCAUGACACACACAGUCCCGUACACACCUAUUUAAUAACUACUCUGCAAACACCUGCAGACAUGCACACACCGUGUUGUGCCCUGCAGACAGAAGGAUGACUGAUGGGUUAGCUAAUUGUUAGUUGAAGCAGACUCUUUUGAGGAAUCACGUGGCACCAUCAUCACAUGCCACAGCAGGGGAUAUCAUUUUCUAGUAGUCUUUCUUCUACUAACCGGCACAGCCAGAGAGGGAUGGGCACCCAUUGUCUGGUCCUCUCAAGGUUUCUUCCUUUUAGGGAGUUUUUACUUGCCACUGUGCUGCUGCUUGCUCUUAGUGGGUCUAGGCCGGUAAAGCAUUUCUGACCAAAAAAAUGUAUAAAUGGAUACAAUUUGAUUGAUUGAUGUAUUGAUUGAUUGCAGAGAGCGAGCAGCCGGUAAAGGAGUGCUUCCUGGCGGUGCUGUCGCCUCACGGGGAGGAGGGCUGUGUGUUCGGGGUGGACGGAAUGAUGGUUAGACUGUCCCACAUCUUCUCCUGCUUCAACAACACACACGGAGGGAAAGACCAAACUGGCUUACCUGGUUAAAUAAAGGUGUUUUUCAUGUUCUUCAUCCAGGUUAGUACCAUCAUCACCACACCCACAACAAUGAGGUCAGUCAUUCAAUCAGUCAGUGAUAUGAUAAUAAUCAAUAGUAAUCAUCUCUCUCUCUCUUGCUCUCUAGGCGUGUCGUGGGGGUGAGCUGGAUGAUGGGGUGACAGUGGAGACGGAUUUAGCAGGAAGUGACAUCAUUGAGGACAACUUGUCUAAAUACCUGUCCAUCCCCAUGGAUACGGCAGUUAUGUACGCCACCGCACCAGGUUACGGGGCGUUCAUACACCCUCUGGGGGCUGUCUUCCUCCAGACGUUUGCAUCCUAUUGGAGGAGGAAGGGGGUGUUGCCCUGGAACUGA